UUCGGGAAGGUUGUGGAAAGGAGAAGAGGUUUCUUCUUCAUUUAAAAAAAAAAAAAAAAGAAAAAAAGAAAAAGGACUCUCUACCAAAUCGCCAGACUCUGCAAAAUCGACAUCUGAAACGCAAAGGCAAAGUAAUAAACGAUGGCAGUAAAUCCUCAACUAUUUGCAAAUGGAAUGCCUGUGCCUUUCGUGAAUGAACUAUUCGUCUUGGCUAGAGAUGGCGUUGAGUUUGAGGUCGACAAAAUCCCUGGCGUAGGAGCAGUAAAAGCAAAGGGAACAGUCUAUUUAUCGAACAUUCGGAUGGUCUUUGUUUCAAUUAAGCCUGUGGAGAACUUCAUUGCAUUUGACAUGCCCCUGCUUUAUGUCCAUGGCGAAAAGUUCAACCAACCAAUAUUUUUCUGCAACAACAUUUCUGGACAAGUAGAUCCAGUUAUACCAGAAAAUGAAAAUAGGGCCUUGUACUCCACUCACUCAUUCAAGAUUUUAUUCAAGGAAGGUGGCUGUGGAACUUUUAUUCCUCUAUUUUUCAAUUUAAUUACCUCAGUGAGACGAUACCACCAACAGUCGACGCCAGAACCUAGGGUAGAUCCUCUUCAAGCAGCACAAACUCCUGUGGAUGAGAUGAUGAGACAUGCUUAUGUGGAUCCUAAUGAUCCGACAAGAAUUUUCUUGCAGCAGCCUAGUACAGAAUCACAACUCAGGCGUCGAACAUACCAGUCAACCCAGCCAACCUCCUGAAAACCUGUGUAGUUUCUUGUUUCCAGUUGGUUGUUAUUUGGACGUGCAGAUUCUGUUUGUGUGUGGUUGCAACUCUCUUUCCAAACUGAGAAGAAUGUAUGAUGUAAAUGUAGUCGACUUGUAUUCCUAAAUGUUUGUAGGGAUUAGAAUCCACUUUACGUGUGUAUACAAAUACUAAUAAACUACCUAAUAAAUAGGAUUCUAUGCCA